UCGGGACUGUCGCAGCGUGGCGCAGAAAUAGUAAAAUUUGUGUGUGCGAAAAAAGUGUGCGGCUCGAAAAAGUGAAAAUUCACUAGUUAAUUUCCAUUUGUUCGCAUCUCAGAGUGGUCGGUGAGUGAAAUAAAUCAUUCAUCUUAAGCAUUUGCAAGGAAUCAGUGCAGAUUUUGUGUGUUUUGAGGCUGAAAAAUUCUUUAAAGGAAAAAGGAGAUUGAAAGAAGACAAAAAAAAAAUUGGUAGUAAAAAAUGUCUGCGAAAGCCAUCAGGGAAGCUUCGGGGAAGGAACUGAUCAACAAAUACCUAGCACCAGGUUCAAGAGCAGCCAAAUGUGAUUUUGUUUCAGUGGAUGAAACAACAAAUUGGGAUGACUUACUAGUAAACAACAAAUGGCUUCAAACGACACCUCUCGUCGCGAAGCCAGAUCAACUGAUAAAGCGCCGUGGGAAGCUCGGUUUGAUCACGGUGAAUAAGAAUUUCACGCAAGUGAAAGAAUGGAUUAUGGCACGAAUGGGAGCUGAUCAGAAGAUUGGAGCAUGUGUAGGAACACUCAGGAAUUUUAUCAUCGAACCCUUUCUGCCACAUACAGAUGACCAGGAGGCAUAUGUGUGCAUUUAUUCUCACAGAUCAGCAGACACUAUUCUUUUCCAUCAUCAAGGUGGUGUGGAUAUUGGUGAUGUGGAUGCUAAGGCGCUCAAGUUGGACAUUCCGGUGGGACACACUGUCACGGCGGAUGAAAUUGAGCGAACUCUGCUUAUCGAAGUAUCAGCUACUAAAAAGAAAUUUGUAGCCAAUUUCAUCUAUAAUCUCUAUCAGUUGUACGUAGAUCUCUACUUUACGUACUUGGAAAUCAAUCCACUUGUGGUGACAGGUCAAUCAAUUCAUAUCCUCGAUCUAGCGGCUAAAUUAGAUUCCACGGCUGAUUUUAUUUGUCGGCAAAAAUGGGGAGAGAUUGAUUAUCCACCUCCCUUUGGACGAGAUGCAUAUCCCGAAGAGGCAUACAUUGCUGAUCUGGAUGCCAAAAGUGGAGCUUCACUCAAAUUGACAAUUCUGAAUAGGAACGGAAGAAUUUGGACGAUGGUGGCUGGCGGAGGUGCCAGUGUCAUCUAUUCUGAUACAAUUUGUGACUUGGGUAGUGCUAGUGAACUGGCCAACUAUGGUGAGUACAGUGGGGCACCUUCUGAGCAACAGACAUAUGAGUAUGCCAAGACCAUCCUCACCCUGAUGACGUCGUCUCCGAAGCAUCCUGAGGGAAAAGUUCUGAUCACUGGUGGUGGCAUUGCCAAUUUCACCAAUGUCGCUGCCACUUUUCGGGGUAUCAUUAGUGCUCUGCGCGAGUUUCAACCACGACUCGUUGAGCACAAUGUCUCCAUCUUCGUGAGACGUGCUGGACCCAACUACCAGGAGGGUCUGAGGAAGAUGAGGGAAAUUGGCAAGAGCUUGGGCAUUCCACUGCAUGUAUUUGGACCUGAGACUCAUAUGACGGCCAUCUGUGGAAUGGCUCUCAACAAGAAGCCCAUUCCUCAAGCGUGCAAUGUGGAUUUUGCCACAGCUAACUUCCUUCUACCAGGUGGACAACAGCAACAGGAAGCCAUGAAGCAGCAGACACAAUCGCCGGAAAAAGCGGGAGUGACAUCAGCAUGCCAAUCGUCUUUCGCCGCUGACUUACAUAAUUUCUCUGCAGGCGCCUUCGCCACCACAGCCGUGGUGGAUGGCGUUCGUGGGGGCAAGAUGUUCUCCAAGACAACCAAGGCAAUUGUCUGGGGAAUGCAAACCAGAGCAGUUCAGUCGAUGCUCGACUUUGACUUCAUCUGCAGACGAGAAGAACCGUCCGUUGUGGCCAUGGUGUAUCCUUUCACUGGCGAUCACAAGCAGAAAUUCUACUGGGGUCACAAGGAGAUCCUUAUUCCGGUGUACAAGAAGAUGUCAGAUGCCAUGACGAAGCACAAGGAGGCUGAUGUUCUUGUGAAUUUUGCCUCCCUCCGAAGUGCAUAUGAAAGUACAGUGGAAGUUUUGGAGUAUCCUCAGAUCCGAACAGUUGCCAUUAUUGCUGAAGGUAUUCCUGAGAAUAUGACGAGAAAACUCAUUGUUAUGGCACAUGAAAAGGGUGUUUCUAUCAUUGGACCUGCAACUGUGGGUGGUGUUAAGCCAGGAUGUUUCAAAAUUGGAAAUACAGGAGGCAUGUUGGAUAACAUCUUGCACUCCAAGCUCUAUCGUCCAGGAAGUGUAGCUUAUGUUUCACGUUCUGGUGGUAUGUCCAAUGAGCUGAAUAAUAUCAUAUCCAAGGCAACAGAUGGUGUUGCUGAGGGUGUAGCUAUUGGUGGUGAUCGUUAUCCAGGAACUACCUUCAUGGAUCACAUUCUCAGGUACCAAGCUGAUCCUGAUAUUAAGAUGAUGGUUCUGUUGGGAGAAGUAGGUGGUGUUGAGGAGUACGAAGUGUGUCAGGCGUUAAGGGAAAAGCGUGUUACAAAACCUUUAAUUGCAUGGUGCAUUGGAACAUGUGCUGGUAUGUUCAAGUCUGAGGUACAAUUUGGCCAUGCAGGAUCCUGUGCAAAUUCUGAAAAAGAAACAGCUACAGCUAAAAAUAGGGCUCUCAAGGAGGCUGGAGCUUAUGUUCCGACGUCUUUUGACACCCUUGGAGAUCUUAUUGGGAAUGUGUACACAGAAUUGGUGAAGAAGGGUUACAUUGUACCGGUGGAGGAAGUGCCACCACCAACUGUACCCAUGGACUACUCUUGGGCCAGGGAGUUGGGACUUAUUAGGAAGCCUGCCUCAUUUAUGACUUCCAUUUGCGACGAGAGAGGGCAGGAGCUUCUGUACGCUGGAAUGCCAAUCAGUGAUGUGCUAAACAAGAAUGUUGGCAUUGGAGGUGUCAUUUCUCUUCUGUGGUUCCAAAAAUGUCUCCCGCCGUACGUGUGCAAAUUCUUCGAGAUGUGCUUGAUGGUGACUGCUGAUCAUGGUCCUGCUGUUUCUGGAGCCCAUAAUACAAUCGUUUGUGCUCGAGCUGGAAAGGAUCUCGUAUCAUCGCUUGUCAGUGGAUUGCUUACAAUUGGUGAUCGUUUUGGAGGUGCUCUCGAUGGAGCUGCUCGUCAAUUUUCUGAGGCGUACGACUCAAAUCUCCAUCCAAUGGAAUUUGUCAAUACGAUGAGGAAGAAGGGAUUAUUGAUCAUGGGCAUUGGUCAUAGGGUGAAAUCAAUUAAUAAUCCAGAUAUUCGUGUGAAGAUCAUUAAGGAAUUCGUGAUGGAGAAUUUCCCGGCCAAACCUCUGUUGGAAUAUGCUCUUGAAGUGGAAAAGAUCACCACGAGCAAGAAGCCUAAUUUGAUCCUGAAUGUUGAUGGUGUUAUUGCUACAUCUUUUGUUGAUAUGCUGAGGAACUGUGGGUCAUUCACGAGCGAUGAAGCUCAGGAAUACAUCAAUAUUGGAGCUAUCAAUUCCCUGUUUGUCUUGGGACGCAGUAUCGGCUUUAUUGGCCACUAUAUGGAUCAGAAGCGUCUCAAACAGGGAUUGUAUCGUCAUCCAUGGGAUGAUAUUUCUUACGUGCUUCCUGAACAAUUUAAUUAAAAUUGUAGGGAAGGAGAGAUGAAGAUAGAAAAGAAAACUUGCUUAAAAUUAUCUUUCUUUGGCACACAAGAAAGAAAAUCCAUAAAUCAGGUAGAUGACUUUCCAGAGGAGAAGAUGGGAAAACAAGCAUUCAAUGUUCAUUAUUUAGGAUAAACAAAAAGAAAAGAAAAAAAAAAAACAAAACAAAACACAAAGUAAGUUGAUAAAAAUACAUAAUAAUGAAAUAAUCUAGUGAGGAAGAAAGAAAAAUUUUUCUAGUAAUAUUUAGAGAAAACGCACGAAAUUUUCACUGUCCUAUUUCAUUUUCAUGAAAAUAGUUUAAUCUAUACGGGAUUUUUUUUGUCAUUUUUAGAGGGGGAAAUUUUCAUGCUGAAUAUUAGAUUUUACGGUGAAAAAUUGUUGAUGAAAAUGCCCAAUAUAUAUUUUUUCGAAAUUAUUUUUCUAUCACCGAUUAAUAAGAGAUCUCGUGAAAGUUUUCCUCUUUAUUGUUUUCUUUUUUCUUCAAUUAAUUCCCUGUCUUUUGUACAUUUAUUUUAUAAAUAAUUUACAUUUAAUGAAAGUCUCUGAUUGAGAAGAUUUUCAUGCAUUUUCUUUUUAAUUUUCAUAUUAGAAUCUCUCUGAUGGAAGAUGGGGAAAAUUUAUUGAGUGACUAAAAUUGAUAGUGAAGUUUUUGUAACAAUUUUUUUUUUUGUAAUAAAUAUAUGGUUCUUUUUUUACAUUUUUUUUAUAUUAAUGGAAGAUGUUUUAUUGCCUUGUUUUGAGCAUUUUGGAAAAUAAAACAAUUGUAAUGAGCAAUUUAUAAAAUAAAGAUUACACAAAUAAAGACCGAGGACACCAAUCUUUGUGAACAUAAAGUUCUGAAAAAUACGUAAAUUUUUCAUGAUUCUUAACCCUCAUUUAUCCAAAAGCAAGAAAAAGUAAUAAUAAUUAAGACAGAAGGUGAUUGAAGAAAAUUAAUUUACCGUUCAGGUACUCUAAAGUGGUUACAAUAUGAUCCUAGAGGACAUUAAACUUAACGAUUUUAUUCGUAUCGGUCUUACAUAAAUGAAUAACUUGCAAUUUAUCUUUUCUUUUUCACUCAAACACGGUUGUCGGAUUGAAUGAGGCUUAUAAAGAUAUUAAAAAAAAAUCAUAAAAAAUAAUAAAAUACUUGAGUUGAUCAUGAAUAAAACUUAUUUUCAGUUCUUAUGUCCACAAUCGGUGUGACGUUUUAAGUUUUUUUUAAUGAAAUAAUAUUAAAUUUUAAAUUAUUAUGAGAAAUCAAAUAAGAGUUUUUUAUCUGUUUUUUUUAAAGUAUGUUUAAAGUUAGAGAAUCCAAAGUAAAAUUUCAUGAAAAUAAAAAAAAAGAAAACUCAGAGACGCACAAAUUUCUUGAAAUAAAAUCCUCUGAGUUUUGAUAAGUAAAAAAAAUAAAGAGUAAAAUUAGGCAAAAAAACCAAUAUUUUUUAUUGAUAUAUUUAAUGAUAUUUUGAAGAGGGAGAGAGAGAGAGAGAGAGAGAGAGAAAAUCGGUUUAAGUUUAAAAGAAAUGGGAUCUCAGAGUGAUAAUUCGGAAACAGAAAAACAAAAACGAAAAAUAUGCCGAAAUAACAUGUUUUUUGAUAAAAGGUAAAUAUUUUUUUUUACAAAUUUAUUCUUUUUUCUCUCAAUUUGUUGGAGAAGUCCGUAGAGAACUACCAUUGAUUGUUUCCUGCAACUGAAAAAUUUGCACUUGUUAAUGUUAAUUGAACAAAGAAUAUAAGAAAGAAUUAAGAAAGAAAACUAACAUUGUAGAUUUUGCACAUUCCUAGAAUAUUAAUGAAAACAAAAUGCACAGAAAAAUAUUUUAGCAAAAAUACAAAAGGAGGAAAGGAACAAAAAGUCCAUCAGAACAAAAUUGUUAGUUAUUGGAGGAAAAUGAGAUAAAAAGGCUUGAGCAAGGAUAAAAAUAAAGAAGAGAAUUUAUAGAGAAAAGAAA